AUGGCUCUUACCGCACGCACCGCGACCAUCUCACGGUCAACCAACGAGACCAAGAUCCAAAUCUCUCUCUCUCUAGACGGCGGUGUCCUCCCAGCCUACGAACCAAGCACCGACUUCCCCCACCGAGCGACCCCCAAGAAGCCGAAGCAGCCAAGAAAGGCAUUGUCCCCUCAAAUCACCAUUAGCACCGGAAUUGGCUUCCUAGACCACAUGCUGCACGCGCUGGCAAAACACUCCGGCUGGAGUCUAGCAGUGCGCGCCAAGGGCGAUCUCUACAUCGACGACCACCACACAACGGAAGACACCUUCCUCGCCCUCGGCACAGCCUUCACAAAAGCCCUCGGCGCCCGGCAAUCCCUCACCCGCUUCGGCCGUGGCGACGCACCCCUCGACGAGGCCCUCUCGUGGGCUGUGAUCGAUCUCUCCAGCCGUCCGUGGGCGGUCAUUGAUCUGGGCUUCAAGCGCGAGAAGAUUGGCGCAUUGAGCACGGAGAUGAUCACACACGGAUUGCAGAGCUUUGCGCAGGCGGCCGACGUCACGCUGCAUAUUGGCUGCACUUAUGGUGACAAUGACCACCACCGGGCGGAGAGUGCGUUUAAGGCUCUGGCUGUUGCGAUCCGGACGGCUUGUGCGCGCAGAGUUGCGGGAGACGUUGGGGCGGGUGAUAUUGUUAGCACUAAAGGUGUUUUAUAA